GCAUAUCCAGCAAUAGUCGAUGAAUUAGACUUAAUAGAAGAAGAUGAUCAAAUAACACAUACUAUUACAUUGGAGGAUCCACUUAUGCCAGAAAAUGAAUUAAACGUAUUUAAAUAUGACCCUGAAUUUGAAAAACAUGAAGCAGAAUACGAAGAAAUUCGACGUGAUGCAAUUGGUUUCGCAGAGGAGGAUUCAGAUGAAGAAGAAGAAAACGAAGAGAUACCGGAUGAAGAAACAGCAGAAGCUCAGCAAGGAGAAAAACAAAGUACGGUGAUUAUCGAUAACACAGAGCAGAACUUAAUAGCAUUUCGACGCAACAUUUAUCUAACAAUUCAAUCUUCGCUCGACUUUCAGGAAGCAGCUCAUAAAUUACUUAAAAUUGAUUUGAAAAGUAAUCAAGAUGUGGAACUUUGCAAUAUGAUCGUGGAUUGUUGUGCUCAACAAAGAACUUAUGAAAAAUUUUAUGGUUUGCUAGCAGAACGAUUUUGUCGACUUCGUAAGGAAUUUCAAGAAGCAUUCGAGCGAAUUGCUCGUGAUACUUACAACACGAUACAUCGAUUUGAAUACAACAAAUUGCGCAAUAUGGCUUGCUUAGUCUUGGAUCAAAUAUCGUUGAAUGAAGAGGACACAACUUCUUCUGGACGAAUAUACAUUAAAAUAGUUUUCCAAGAACUUGCUGAAUUUUUAGGCGUGGAAAAUCUAUUGCAGAGAAUUCGCGAUCCGACAAUGCAGUCUUCCUUUGACAAAAUAUUCCCUCGUGAUAAUCCGAAUAAUACACGCUUUUCGAUCAAUUUCUUUACUACGAUAGGUCUUGGAUAUCUCACAGUCGAUUUGAGACUACAUUUGGACCAAGCUCGAAAGAAAGCCAAAGCUAGACAAGAAUCAUCUUCAAAAAGUUCAUCGAGUGACUCAGAUUCGGAUGCAAGCAGUAGCGACUCAACCUCGAGCACAUCUUCAUUAGAUACCGACGACAGUGAUGAUAGUGAAAAAUCGAAACAUAACGUAAAAUCUUUACGAAAAAAGGAACAUAUGGAAAAAAUAUCAAAAAUUGUCCAGAAAAGUCAUUCCUCGAAGAAUGCUGGUGACAAGAAUCAAAGUGAUUGGGAAAAUAGAUCUCACAAUAUCGAAUUGGUGGAUAAAAGACGUUGGACUGGUGGAGAAAAAAUGAAAAUACAGAAGGAAAGUGAUAGAAAAACGGGAAGAAAAUACGAGAGGGAUGAACCAAAUGAAAAGAAGCACAAAAAAUUUACCGUGCGAAGGGAAGACAACGAGGAACGACGGAAUGAAAAAAGAAAGCAUGAUAGAACUGGACUGAGAGAGAAUGAAAUGGAGGAACGAAAAUGUGAUGAGAAUGGAAAGAGACGAAGAAGAGAUUCUAACGAUUUGGAAAAUCAAGGAAAGGAUACAAAGGAGGAAUCUGGUCAUGGUGAUCGCGAAAGUAAAGCCGCCAUAAAGAAACGAGAGCAUAAACAUGGAAAUGUGCAAAUCUUAGAUAAGAAAGGAGGUAUCGCCAAAGAAUCGAGAAAACAACGGCGAAAAGAAUUGGAAGAUCAACACUGGUAUCAUGGUUUACUAUCGAGAGAGGACAUUGAAAAGUUGCUGGUCAAACAUGGCGACUUUUUGGUGCGUGUGACAGACAACCAAGGAGUGCACCAAAUUGUUCUUAGUACACAUGUCGGUGAAAGAAAUAUUCAUUUAACUAUUGCUGUGACGGAGGAUGGUCGUUUUCAGUUAUCAGCGCUCCGAAAGGGAAGAAAAUUUGCUUCAAUUUACGACUUAGUGCAAUAUUACAAGAUACAUAAAAUUAAGAUAAAAGAUGCAAGCAGUAAAGAUAUUCGUCUGGGAGAUGGUGUACCUAGGCCUAAAUGGCUUGUUAAACAUGAAGCGAUUAAUUACGACAAAGAUAAACCGCCGCUUGGUUCAGGAAAUUUUGCUGAUGUCUAUCUUGGCACAUUCACUUGCGACAAAGAUGGUAAUAAGCAAGUUAUUCCAGUAGCAAUCAAGAUUAUAAAACCUGGAAAGAGUGGUGGACGCGAAGCGAGACAUUCAAUGAUAAGAGAAGGCAAAAUUAUGAGUUUUUACAAUCAUGAAAACAUUGUUCAGUUCUAUGGGGUAGCAUGCGAUCGACCACCAAUAGCCAUUGUAAUGGAGUACUGUCCAGGUGGCAGCCUAGAAAAUCAUCUCAAAAAGCAAAAGGAAAAUAUUGUCAUUGGCGAACGAAUUGAAUAUUGUUUAGAGGUUGCAUCAAUUCCUUUAUUUUUCUUAGAUGAGGCAGCACUUGGCAUGCGAUAUUUACACAUGCAAGGUUGUGUCCAUCGUGAUCUUGCUGCACGUAAUUGUCUUAUUUCGAUGGAUGGUCUAGUAAAAAUCUCAGAUUUCGGUCUUAGUAAAGCAGAGACACUUGAUGGAGAGAAUGAUAUUGAAAUGACCGAUAUCCCAGUGAGGUGGAUGGCACCAGAAACGCUCGUCAGAAACCCUCAGUUCUCGAAAAAGAGCGAUGUAUGGUCAUUUGGAGUUCUUUUGUAUGAGAUUUUUAACUUGGGUAUGAAACCGUGGCCAGAUGAUGAAAAUAAAAAGAUAGCUACAAAUAUUCGGCGCAUUCGAAUGCCACAAAUGCCAUCAAUAACACCACCAGAAAUCAAACUGUUGAUUUCAAUGAUUUGGAUAAAAAAUGCAGAUAAUAGACCAAAUUUCAAAAUUAUAUGCAAGAGACUUCAUGAUAUGCAAAAAGGCGAUCUUAGACCACCACCAGUUGCCGAAUGUGCCGUAAAUCGUAUACCGAAUGUGAAACGAAUGGAAUAUAUCAAAAUAGAACAUAUCUUGGAGGAUAUAAUGGAAGAAGCAGAACCCGCCGAAACACCGACAGUAACUACUGAUGAAACUACUGAAGGUGGAAGAAGAAUUCGUAAAAGAUCGCUGAAUGCCAAGUUAUUUUUUGUAAAUGUACACAAAUUGUACACUGUCUUUUAG